CCCUCCGCCUCACACGCUGGACUUGCAACGAUGAUUGCAAGUAUCAUUGCAUGCAUGACAUUACCGACGCCGCCAUAGUCAGUGGGGACAAGAUCCACCAAUACCACGGCAAGUGGCCGUUCUGGCGAUUCGCGGGCAUGCAGGAGCCUGCGUCGGUCGCGUUCUCGCUCUUGAACAUGCUCUUUCAUGCGCAAGCAGCUAUGAAGAUCAAACGAAGAAUACCAUUGGGGCACCCCAUGAGGCAAUACUAUCUCGUCUUUGCCGCCGUCAGCCUGAAUGCUUGGAUUUGGUCCUCUGUCUUCCACACGCGAGAUAUGCCGAUCACUGAGAAGCUUGACUACUUCUCUGCGGCUCUCGCAAUUCUAUACGCCCUGUUCUACACCGUAGUCAGGCUCUACCAUCCAUAUCCUCUCUCGACGCAUCCUUCCAAAGCAUCACUCGCUCGAAGCAGAAUUCAUUUACUGUGGGCUACGUUGUGCUCACUGGCGUAUGUCGGUCAUGUUGCUUACCUCUCCGUUCUCCCUCGCUUCGACUAUGCCUAUAACAUGGCUUUCAACCUCGCAGUCGGGAUGACACACAACGUCCUAUGGCUGCUUUACUCGUUCCCUUCGUCGUUGUCCAUCUUCCGACGCUUUCCGGGACGUCCGCGGGACUAUCGGCCAACAUACACAUCAAAGGCAGCUAUCUUCGUGCUGCUAACCACAGCGGCAACCUCGCUGGAGCUGUUCGACUUUCCACCGUGGCGCAGGAUUAUGGACGCCCAUUCAUUAUGGCACCUCGCCACCGCACCGAUCGCAGUAUUUUGGUACGAGUUCUUGAUUGAAGAUGCCUUGGAUGACGGCUGGAAGGCCGGGAAGCCGGAAUAGGGCGGAGAAAUCUAUAGGCACAAUACUCGUACGGCUUGGUGCCGAAGGCGAACGGACAUCUGCAGGAGGGGUUGAGGUGUGGAACGGGGCUGGCGGCGGGGUGAGUCGAAGACUGAGUUCAGGGCUUUCAGGCGAUGAAGGGUCCGGUAGCGGUGAGGGCUGACGCGACGAGAGGGAAGUUGGAGGCUGGCAGGCAGGAGAAAGUUCGUGGGACAGGGGAAGAUCCGGAAGGGGGCCACUGCCCGAGGUGGAGGACUUGGGCUUGUCGCGAACCGUGCGAGGCAAAGUUUGCUUAGAAAGGCUCCCGCAGUCCAGCGUGAAUAAAUUGGAUACACGAGAGCUGCAAUUGCAGCCGAGGUGAGAGAGAUGUAGGGGACAAGUUGUCCUUGUUGUGUUAUAACAGUCUCGGCCAGGCGUUCAGUGGCUUCUUUCGCUGCCUGGGCACCCAAGGUACUGUGAAACGACUGGCAUAGGCUCUCAAAGGUCAUCCGGCUCCACUCCGCAUGCCAGCCAUGUAUGCCUCCAGCAGGCGAGCCAUAGGCAAGGCACUGUGCUUGCGGCCGGUAUCCUAACUUGAAGCCAGGUAAAUGUGGGUGAGAAAUGCCACUUUUUCUCGCAUUCCUAGGUGUCCAGUCGAUCCAUCCAGUAGCUGUUCGAACCUGCACUGAGCUAUCGGUCAUCCAAACAUCUCCAGGUUCGCCAACCGCUUGACAAUCGUCAGGGAUCCGUUCUGGACUAAGGAAAAGCAUGGAGUGAAUUGUCACUUUGACCUUCGGACGACUUGGGACACUGCCUUUGGGAGGAAGCCGACGGAUAGCAUGAGAGGAGAGGCCGUGGUGGAGACAUUCGUCUGGGAUGGCAUUCUAUGUAUCUUGAGACAGCAUGAUUGUUGAUCAACUGAACCAG